GAGCAGAUGAGCCUAGAGCAGCAGCCCCUGAUCAUGUGACUCCUCCUCCUCCACGUGACUGAUCACAUGACGGUGACAUCAUCGCAGGUCCUGUAAGCACACGGCUCCUCUACAGAUACAGGUUUCUCCAAUCCAGGAUCCUCUGCUGAUAUCUUCUAUAUAAGAGAAUUCUCCUGGAUGACCCAUCAACCAUGGAGAGAGACAGGAACAAGAUGGCCGACAGGAUCAUAAACCUCACCCUACAGAUACUCUUCCGACUUACUGGAGAGGAUUACACAGUAGUGAAGAAGUCCUCUAGUGGGCGCUGUCGGGCCCCUGUGUGUGAAGGAUGGGGAAGAACCCUGAGCCCAAUCCCGGGGCCCCCACCUCACUCCCUGAUACAUGAGGAAAUGGAUGAACAGAAGAUCCGAGAACUCAUCAACAAGAUGAUGGAACUGCUGACUGGAGAGGUUCCUAUAAGGUGUCAGGACGUGGCGGUCUAUUUCUCCAUGGAGGAGUGGGAGUAUGUAGAAGGACACAAGGAUCAGUACAAGGAUCAGGUCAUGAUGGAGGAUCAGCAGCCCCUCACAUCACCAGUCAGAUCCAGUAAGAGAACAGCACCAGAGAGGUGUCCCCGUCCUCUUCUUCCACAGGAUGAUCAGGGACAAGAUCCGAACAAUAUUAAUGCUCCAGAGACAAAUGUGAGCAGUGAUGAGCAGUAUAAGGAGGAUAUUCCUACAGGGAACGAUCUGAUCUAUAUUAAUACUACAGACAUAAAGGAAGAAGAAGAGACAGAUGUGAGCAGUGAUGAGCAGUAUAAGGAGGACAUUCCUACAGGGAAAGAUCUGAUCUAUAUUAAUGCUACAGACAUAAAGGAAGAAGAAGAGACAGAUGUGAGCGGUGAUGAGCAGUAUAAGGAGGACAUUCCCACAGAUUCUUGUAGCAGGAGAUCAGAGGAGAAUCUUAUAUCUUCAGAUUAUAAAGCAGAUGAUGAUAUCACACAAGAUACAUAUGAAGAACAUUCCAUUAUCCCAGAUACACCCUCAGCCCUUCACAGCCAAGAUCUGUCAUCUCAUCCUUAUAUACAGGUCCUGUCUUCUCAGUCAUCUCAAGAUGUUCAGCAAAAUAAAAGUCAUAGAAGUGUUGAGCCUCAAAAAUCCCUCACAGUGGAGAAGCUAUUUCCAUGUUCAGAAUGUGGGAAAUGUUUUACUGAUGAAUCAAAUCUUGUUCAGCAUCAGAGAAUUCACACAGGGGUGAAACCAUUUUCAUGUUCAGAAUGUGGGAUAUGUUUUACUCGGGAAUCAAAUCUUGUUCAGCAUCAGAGAAUUCACACAGGAGGGAAGUUAUUACAAUGCCCAGAAAGUGGGAAAUGUUUUGGCCAGGAAGCAUAUGCACUCAAACGUAAAAGAACUCCUACAAAGGAGAAAAUCUUUUCAUGCUUAGAAUGUUUGAAAUGUUUUUCCAUGAAAUCAGAUCUUGUUGAACAUCAAAAAACUCACACAAGGGAAACAACGUUUUCAUGUUCAGAAUGUGGGAAAUGUUUUACUCAGAAAGCAUAUCUUGUUCAACAUCAGCGAAUUCACACAGGCAUUAAGCCAUAUUCCUGUUUAGAAUGUGGAUAUUGUUUUGCCAAGAGGGCAAGUCUUGUUCAGCAUCAGAGAAUUCACACUGGGGAGAAGCUCUUUUCAUGUUCAGAAUGUGGACAAUAUUUUACUAAGAAAUCAUAUGUUGUUCAACAUCAGAGAAUUCACACAGGGGAGAAGCCAUAUUCAUGCUCAGAAUGUGGAAAAUGUUUUACGCAGAAAUCAGAUCUUGUUAGACACCAAAGAACUCACACAGGGGAGAAGCCAUUUUCAUGUUCAGAAUGUGGGAAAUGUUUUACUCAGAAACCGGUUCUUCUUAAACAUCAAAGAACUCACACCAGGAGAUAAGGCAUUUUCAGCUUAAGCAUGUGGAAAAUGUUCUACUUAGAAAGUAGAUGUUGUUGAACAUCAAAGAAUUAACGAUAAAUCAUAUGGCCACUGUCAGAUUCAACAAACUUUUUAUAUCUUGUACAUGUUCACACUUCAUAAGAUAAUUUAAUUUCCCUCUUUAUAGAAUAUCAUUCACCCCUUACCAUCCAGAACAUAAUCCUGUCCGGCUGCUGCAUCAUCUUUUUCCAAGCUGAAGCACAGGCAGGGACAAAGUCCUGUAAGUGAGUUUGGGGCUGGCACUCCUCUGUGCUCACUCCUGUCCAAUCAUCCAAUUAGACUGCAACUUGUAAAGAGGGAGGGGUUACAGGGCAGCCUGCAGUAAUUGGAUAAAGAGACCCGGCACAGCAGACUCAGGGAGGAAAAUGAGUCAUGCAGAGUGAGGACAGAGCACAGGAUGAUAAACCAAGUGAAGAACAGAUAGAAGGUACUUGUGAGAGAGAUAUAGAUGCUAGACUCAUAGAAGUGUUAUGUUACUUAAUACCUAAUGCUGUACAUACACAUAACUUUUUUUAUUCUGGGAUAUGACAGGUGCACUUUGUCUUGUUUAAAAUAAAACAUUCAUACUGGAGAUAAGGCGUUUUCAUGUUCAGAAUGUGAGAAAGGUUUUACUCAAAAAGCAAAACCAAUUAGUUGUCGAAAAGAUAAAGUUUGUGUUAACAUAAAGUAUCAUAAUAAAAUAAACAUAGCAUUAUGUGUGAUUUGUUGUAUUAUUUAUUAACU